AUGAAUUUAGAUUUUCAAAAUUUAACUUACUCAUAAAUCUUUAUUUUAGCAUUUGGAUUUAUUUUUGCAAUCUUGCUAUUACUAAGUUUUUACAUUAAAACUAGGGCUAAUAAAAAAUUCAGAAAUCUUUCUGGUUAAAUUGUUAUUGUUACUGGUUCUAAUACAGGUAUUGGAUUUGAAACUGCUAAAGACUGUGCACUUAAUGGAGCUAAAGUAAUUUUAGCGUGCAGAGAUUAAAAGAGAACUUAGCCUGCUUUAGAAUCUAUUAACCAACUAUGCCCUAACUAAGCUGAAUUCAUUAGAUUAGAUCUUGGUGAUCUUUCUUCUGUACGUCUAUUUGUAAACGAGUUUAAAAGUAAAUACAACAAAUUAGAUUUGUUGAUAAACAACGCAGCUAUUAUAUUACCUGAGCGUAAUUUAACUAAAGAUGGUUUCGAAACAUAGAUAGGUACAAAUCACUUUGGACACUUUCUUUUGACUAAUCUUCUUAUGGAUCAACUAAAAGCUGCUCCUUAAUUUAGAGUUAUAAAUGUUUCUUCUUUAGCUCAUACUUUUUCAACAAUAGACUUUGAUGACUUGCAUUUUGAAAAAAGAUCUUACAAAUAAUUUGAAGCCUAUGCACAAAGUAAAAUAGCUAACAUUCUAUUUACUAUUAACUUGUAAAAGAGGAUAGAUCAACAAAAACUAAAUGGAAUUUCUGUGAGUCUUCAUCCUGGAACUGUAAGGACAGAUAUAUCAAGGAAUUAAAAUCCACUUUUUAGGGUUUUAUAUACUUUAGCCUAUCCAUUAUUCUAUUUAUUUUCUAAAUCUCCAAAUCAAGGUGCUCAAACCACUUUAUAUUGUAUACAUGAAGACUUCGAUAAACUUGUUAAAGGUGCCUAUUAUUCUGAUUGCAAGAAAUAAAAUUUUGGAAACAAGUGUAUAACCGAAGAAAAUGCAUAAAAAUUGUGGGAUUUAUCAACUAAAUUAGUAAAACUUUGA